AUGACAGCAAAAGAUCAUUCGAUUCGAUCACCCUUACUUGAUGAUAAUGGUCAACAGUCACUUGAAUUAUCUGAUCCGACCGAUCAGCAACAGCAACAACUACCACCGGAUUAUAUUAGUUCAACUAUUCAAGAGAAUGAACCAUCCGACGACGAGGAAGACAACGAACAAUCAGCAUCUCAAAUAGAAGACAACAGUAUUUACGAUGAACAUGGUCAAGUGAAAUUUCCACUAAACGAUUUAAUAAAGCUCGAAGAACAAUUAAAUCAAACUCGAUGGGUUGUACCUGUCUUACCCGAUGGAGAAUUAAUCAAGUGUUUACGAGCUGCAGUUCGUCUAGCGUCGCAAAAAGUUGAUACAAAGAGUGAUUCUUGUCAACGAUUUAUCCGAGAUAGUCUUGUAAAUUCUUUUACUAAAGUUCUUUGUGAUGAAGCUGUACAAACAUGGAAACAUGAAAUAUUCAAAUACAUUUAUCAAAAUUGUAUGGUUUUUAUUGAAUUGUGUGUAUUAAAAUUAGAAGAUGAUUGUUUGCCAUUGCUUGAAGUUCUUGGUUUACUAAUGAAUCCUUCUUGCCGAUUUCACCAAUCAAACCAUAGUCGAAUCAGUGAUUUACAAUUAGCGCCUGAAAAGGAAAUCUUCGCUGUAUCGAAUGAAUAUCGCAUGCAACAACGAGGUUGGUUAAUUGACUUCAUCAAUCGAUUUGGAGAUUUAGGUGGCUUUGAUAAAAUUUCAACUCGAUUUUUAUCCUCGGAAAACAAGUUGACCAUCUCUGUUGUUGUUGCUUUACUCAAACCCUGGGGUCUCUGCUAUGAAUAUUUAACCCAUACAACUGUUAAGAAAUACUUUGCUCCGAUUAUUAAUUUUGUUCCACAAUUUCUCGAUCAAUUAACGGAAAAUGACCUGAAAAUCGAAACGAAGACUGAACCGAAAAGUGAUACAUUAUCAACUGUUAUUAGAUGGCUACGCUAUCUCGCUUCACGAAUACCGGACAACGAAAAAGAAUGUCGAAAUCUAGAUACGCUUAGACUGAAGAUGAUCUUAAGAAUUCUUCAAACGAACUCAUUCAGUGGUAAAAUGAAUGCUCUCAACGAAGUUAACAAAUUAAUCAUGAGUCUUAAUACAAUUCAACGAUCAACAUUAAAUCGUUCGGAAGAACCGGAAAGUUUAACUGCCGAGAAAUUAAUCCAAUGGAUUCAAGAGAAUCAAGUUCUCGAUAUCGUUCUACGUGAUUGUCUACAUCAGCCACAAUAUGUAGAGAAAUUAGAAAAGAUUCUUCGAUUUAUUAUUAAAGAACAAGCAUUAAGCCGAACUGAUUUAGACAAAAUCUGGAAUUCAUCAUGUGGAAAGCAUGAAGCGAUUGAAAAGAACGUUCAUGAUUUACUUGCGAAAUUAGCAUGGGACUUUUCGCCUGAACAACUCGAACAUCUCUUCGACUGUUUUCGAGAGAGCUGGACCAAGGCCAGUAAAAAACAACGAGAAAAGUUACUCGAACUGAUCCGUCGAUUAGCCGAAGAUGAUAAGGAAGGUUUAAUGGCGAACAAAGUGUUAGAAUUGUUAUGGAAUAUUGCUCAUGAUCAAAAUCUACCCAAUGAGAUCAUCGAUCAAGCAUUAACCGCCCAUUUGAAGAUUCUGGAUUACAGUUGUUUACAAGAAAAGGAAAAAACCAAAUUGAUCUGGCUGGAUAAAUUCAUGGAUGAAGUAAAACAUGAUCGUGGCCAUGUGAUGAUCUCGUUGAAACAAUUAAGAGAGAUAUGUAUGCAGUUUCAUGAAGGAGUUUUUGCACAAAAUAUCGCGCGAAUGCCUGGACCGCAGAAUCGAACGGGUGUUAUCGAUAUCCUAGAGAAGAAAUAUGAACUAACUCGGAUUGUGACUGAAAAUCUUUGUCAAUAUAUGGAAACAGCAAGGAAGUAUAAAGAAAGCGAAGGAAAAGGUAAUCUGGUGCCGGAAGAGUACUAUGCAGAUGGACGAUUCAAUCAUAAUCAACAAAUCCACGAACGAUUGAAUUUUCUCAAGUUUACUUUGAAAGAAGGACGAUUGUAUUUGUCAGCGGAGCACUCGAAAAUGAUUUGGAUUAGUUUAGCUGAACAGGCACUUUAUCCCAAUGAUCGUGAACAAUGUUUUCGCUGGUUUGCUGAAAUCAUCGACGAAGAUGAUUUCGAACCAAAAGCAGCAAAAGAUUUCUUUCAAAAUCAUCUAAUGAAACUUGAACCAAAUCUUCUCACUGAUCUUGGCAUGAAUUGUUUCGAUCGAUUUUUCAAAUCUGUCAAUGCGCAACUAAACAAACUACAGCAAAAGCGUCGGUCUAUUCGUUUGAUGAACGACGAAGAUCUCGUCGGAAUCGAAUAUCUUUGGAAAUUGAUUCUCAAUGGUUCCGACGAAGUCGCUGAUCGCGGUAUUCAAUUAAUGCGCGAGAUCUAUACAAAUAUAAAUCCACAGUUAAAAACCGAUGUCAAACGCAUUCAUGAAUCCUUCAUAAGUGACUGUUUCGAACGUUUACGUCCAGUUUACGACAGUGUGAAACUCAUGCAUACGCAACAAGAUUCCAAACAGGAAUAUCAACCUAAACUCAAUUCAUUAAUACGAAUAUUAAUUGUUUUAAGAGAAUAUUUAGCUGAAUGUGAUAAUUCAUAUCAUAAAGAACGGUCGAUAUUACCAAUGGCAAGAGCAUUUCGUGGACGAGCAAUGACAUUGAUUAUUCGUGUUAAUACCGGACAAAAUCGAACUGAUGAUUUCGAACAUGGAUUCCACUCGAAUGAUACAUGGGGACAUAUUCGACGAUUUAUACAUAAUCGAUAUAAAUCGGCUUAUGGCAUCAUUGAAUUGUAUCGUAACAAUGAAAUCAUCUAUUCAACUGACGAUAACAGAACAUUAGGACAAACUGAUGAUCGAGAUCGAAUUACCGUGACAGCACGUUGGGUUCAACAUCAGAAUCAUGGUGGUUCAAGCGGUGAAAGUAGUUCAUCGGAAUCAGAAAUCAAUAACAAUAACAAUUCAUUAGCAUCAACAUCACAUCAUAAUCGUAGUUCGGAUUUCAUCGAUAUCAACGCUGAAAGUGCAUUACCAUCUGUGAUAUUCUCUCAAAAACACGAAUAUUAUCAAUUUCUAAUUGAUAUUGCUGAUUUAGCUUGCAAAGAAGGUAAUACUCGCCUUCGCGAUACAUCUCGUCAUAUUCUCGAUUUGAUACCCAUGGAUUCUCAUGCAACCAAAACCUUAAACAGUUGUUUCACUCUCCUCUCUGCCAACAAUGAACAGCCCACAGCUGACGAAUGUUUAGCACGUUUAAAUCACUUCUAUUUCAACGUAUCACCGUCACAAAUGCUGUAUAAUCUCAAAACUACAUUGAUCAACUUUUUACCAGCACAGAUUCACCAAAUAUGCUUACAAAAUAGUAAUCAUGUCGAAGGUUUACACGUUCGAUUCUUAAACGCAGGUGGCUUAGCAUGUUUGUUAAAUAUCUUAUCAGAAAAACAUUACACCGACGAAUGCGAUGUUUCCACGCGAAAGUCGAUCUAUUUCGUUGUUCUUUACCUUCUCAAACGACUUCUAAUCAUUCUCGUCAUUUACCAAUUGAGAUCGACUCAUGGAAGUACUCCAUCGCCAUUCGACGAAUCCUUAGAACAAGUUUUAAGUAUUAUGCCAACGAUUCCGUUACCAGUGAUGAACAUUGUCGGUGAACAACAACAUAUUUCGAUGUCUGUGGAACAGAAGAUUGCCACAACAUUGAUUGCACAUCGAAUGGAUUAUCCCAUACCGAAGAAUUCCUUGUUGCAAUAUCACCAUAUAAAAGAAUUCAUUCGGCUCAUCUGGUGUUUAGCAGCAGAUUCGAAACAGAACUCGUUGGAAAUGAAUUUGAAGAAUGAUUUCAAUGUUAUUCACCAAACAUUCAAACAGGAAAACUUUCGUCCGAAUGAAAAUUCUGAAUUGAACGAUGAUAAUGAAGAAGACGAUGAAAGUCAAUUAGCUUGCCGAGAAGGUCUGGAAUUGUUAUGUAUUUCGUUGGCACUUGUACCAUCAAGUGUCGAAAAUCUGUUAAAAGAACACUUUUUUGAAUACUUUUUUAUUGAUUUAAUUCUCUACUGUCAAUAUCAAAUUAUUCGUCAUACAUCAUCGGAGCAAAUCUUUCUUCUCACAUCUCGUUGCUCUCAAGGACAAUGUGAAAACUUAAUUCAAUUUAUCCUUCAAAAACAAUUUCAAUUCUUGAAUAAAUCCUCAGAAAAUUUAAAACAUUAUUCAUCACAAUCAUCCGACUUCUUUCUUCUCCUCUGCCGUUUAUUAUCCUAUGCAUAUUCACGAGGUAUUUCUCCCCCGAACAUUCAUCAACAACUAGACGAUGAAAUACAAUACUUGAAACACAUUUCAUUACCAGUUGAUGAUCAUUUACUUCGUGGACAUAUCAAUAUUGCGAAAGAAUUAUUGCAAUUUCAAACAAGCGAACGAAAACGUUACUAUGGAAUCGAUCAAACGUUAAUUCAACAGAUCGUGGAACAAUAUCUCUUCCCGGCAUCUACUUUACUGUAUAACUUUCGUUUGUUACGACGAAAACGACUUUCAAAACAAUCAAUCGUGACCACUGAAACGACGCAUAAUGAGGAAGAUAAUGAACUGGAUCUACUUAAAGAGCCACCUGUCGCUAUUUGCCAAACACCAAUGUCAACAUUAGCAGCAUUUGACUUGCUAGUUGUGUUAGGAACGAACUGUAUUGAAAAUUUGAAACUUAUCGAUAAAUAUAUCACUGAUCUGUUCUAUACAGUCCCUGAUUCCAGUUUGAACGAAUGGGAUUUUGCGCCACUUGUUGGUCCACGUCCAAAUCGUAGCUUCGUAGGUUUGAAAAACGGCGGUGCAACAUGUUAUAUGAAUUCGGUUUUUCAACAACUGUUUAUGAUUCGUCCAUUACGUACUGCCUUGUUAUCGGUAAAGAUUCCACUUGGUCAUGGCGAUGAUGAAACAGACGAUGAUGAUCAACGUCGAGAUAACUUUGAUUCGUUCUCCGAUACAAAAUUCUUUCUCAAAGAUAGUCAAUCGAUGACAUCACCGACGAAACAGCAAGAAAUAACGAAUACGACGGAAACAUCACCAAAGAAUACUAUCAACGAACGAAAUGAAUAUAAUAUUCAAAUCUUUCGUCAUAUACAGUGGAUAUUUGGACACUUGCUUGAAUCGAAAUUACAAUUUUAUAUUCCCCGAGGUUUUUGGAAAAUAUUCAAAUUUUCUGGAGAACCGGUGAAUCUACGUGAUCAACACGAUGCAGUCGAAUUUUUGAACACUGUUGUUGAUAGUAUUGAUGAAGCAUUAAAAUCUCUAAAUUUACCGCAAAUAUGUUCACAAGUAUUAGGCGGAACAUUUGCUGAUCAAAAGAUAUGUAAAGAUUGUCCACAUCGCUAUUCACGUGAGGAAGAUUUUACAUUGAUAAGUGUAGAUAUUCGACAUAGUCAAAAUCUGAAAGAAUCUCUUGAACAGUAUGUUAUUGGAGAAUUGCUCGAUGGACCUAACGCUUAUUUUUGUGAAAAAUGCAAUAAAAAGGUGGACACAAUAAAACGAACUUGCUUUAAAAAGUUACCACCCGUUCUUGCUAUUCAACUUAAACGAUUCGAUUAUGACUGGGAACGUGAAACACCGAUAAAAUUCAAUGAUUAUUUCGAGUUUCCCAGGGAAUUAGAUAUGGAACCAUACACAGUACAAGGUCUCGCAAAAGCUGAAGGCAUGUCGGUGAUUGAUGAAAGUGCUGAUGACGAUUCGAAAUCAAACAAUGGAGGCACAAGAUAUAAACUUGUUGGUAUUAUUGUGCACAGUGGACAAGCAAACGGUGGUCAUUAUUAUUCAUUCGUACAGAAUAAAGAAGAAUCAAAUCCAUCAGAUCCUUUGCACUGGUAUAAAUUUGAUGAUACGGACGUAAGCGAAUGCAAAAUGGAUGAUGAUGAAGAACUUCGAUCUCAAUGUUUUGGUGGCGAUUAUCCAGCACAAUCAUUCGAUCAGCCAGUGAUGAAACGUCAACGUCGAUGGUGGAACGCCUACAUUCUAUUCUAUGAACAGAUGACUACUGAACAAAUUGAAAGCGAGAAUAGUUUAGAAAAAAAUCUUUCUCGAUUACAACUCUAUGAUCAAACUCAGCGAAUGCCACUUUCAGUUCAACGCAGUGUUCGAAAACAAAAUAUUAAAUUCCUUCACAAUCGUAUACAUUUCAGUCCAGAAUAUUUCCAUUUUAUGAAACGACUUGUUCAAAGUAAUGUUCAAGUUAUAGUCACAUUCUUUCAACAGCAGCAGCAACAACAACAACAACAAUCGCAUGGGGAUAAAUUGACUCUGACUAAUACUAUUGAAACGAUCGAAGAACUAGCUUUGGUCAGUGUCGAAAUCGCUACAAAAUUUCUUUUUUCAAUUGGCUGGCGAACGAAGAAAGCUCUGCGUGGACCUGCUAAUGAAUGGACUGAAUUGAUUAUACACUGCCUUCGUUGGUCAAGAAAAGCUCGAUACUAUCUCGCAGAAGAAGUGCUAUUUAAACAUCCAAGUCGUUUUCAAGAAUAUCUUAUUGAUUGUACAUCUGCUGAAAUUCGUAAUGCAUUUGGAAAAAUGCUUGUUGCUUUGGCUAGUCACUCUCGACAAGAUGAACAAACAACAGACAUUAGCACAGAUGAUAUUAAGACUUAUUUAACUGUAGAAGAAUCGAUACUUAAUCACGUCUUACGGUUACUUAAGAAGGAAAUGCCGGAUAAUGUCAAAAUGCUUACGCAAUACUUUCAAUUCUUUGUUAAUUAUUCAUCUAUCGGUCGUCAUGAAUGUGAACAAUUAAUACGUCUUAAUGUUCCAACAUUAUUUGUAAAUCUUGCCAAUGAUGAUAGUUCCUCAUCGUCGUGUUCAACAUUACCUCGUUAUGGCGAACCAGCCAAACUAUUUGUGAUACUUUCAACAUUAAUUCGUUGUUUCGAUGUUUCUAGCCAUUGUAGAUCACGACAAUCCGACGUUGCACUCUUGCCCAAUCCAUACUACACACAUGACAAUGAUCCAAUCUGUCCUAUGCCACAUCAAAUGGCUGAUAUAAUCUACAAACGAGAUAUAUUUCUGAAAAAGAUUAUCGAAAAUUCUGGUUCUUGUGAAGAAUCGCUUCGCCUGCUUCGUUUUCUCAUUUGGGAAAAUCCCGAAGUCACAUCUGUCGUACUCAAUGAAAUCAUCACUCUACUUUCAAUGUAUCAUACAUACGAUUUUCGUGCUCAUCUUGAUGUGCUUUAUACAAUUUUGAUCACGGAGGAUUCUUGGCAAGAAGUUCGAUUACUCUAUGCACUGAAAGGCGUUCCAAUGUCAAAUACGCCGAACGCGUCAGGAACAAGUCCGACAACAAGUUGUGGUUAUGAAUCGACUCCGCAAAAUUUAUUCGAUAUGUUUGUCAAAUCGAAAUCAACACAGCAGAAAAAAGCAUACCAUUGCAUCAAAACUCUCGUACAAUUAUUUUCAAAUUGUCAAAAAGCUAAUCAUAUAUUAAAAACUGAUGCAGAUAUGAAACAACGUUGGUCACAAGCUGUGCGUUGGUUGCAUGAACAAUUAGACCGGUCAUAUAAUAAUAUACAAACAAAUUAUCCCUAUUAUGCAUCUCAAGGACCUGUUACCAGCAAUGAUAUGUCACAGGGAUGUUUCAUUGAACGAACUCAAAGCGCUCGAUCAUUACUUGACAAAGCUGUUGAACUAUAUCCUGAAAUGGUGGAAAACGAUGAUGCUGGUUCCAAUAGUGAUGAUCUAGAAGACGAUGAGCCAAUGGAGAAUAUUUCGCCUAAUGUUGUUAUUAAGAAUGUCGGCGGUAACGUCUCGUCGAAGAUGACGCCAACAUCAUCACGUCGUCCAAACUCUCCAUCGGUUGUUAAUAGUAGUUUGAAUCAACGAAUCUCACCAUCACCAGUUCAACAGAAUAAGUCAAUGCAACAGCAGCAGCAGCAGCAUCAUCAUCCUCGAUCUUAA